AGGUGUGGCACCGGGACCACCCCAUCUCGGAUGAGGGGGUCCUGCAAUCGCAGCGGCUUAGAGAGAAGAUUCGACAAGCAAGGUGCCAAGGCCACGAUCACUUCCAUUCAGAGUCUGAAGAGGACAUGCCUAGGAGGCCCGAGGAGGAGACGCGGAUCCGACGCUUCUACGAUCGCUUCCUCGAGUCCACCCAGUCAAUCUACUGCUCACCUUUGCUGCGGGCACUGCAGACAGCACAUUUUGCCUUGUCCGAUCAAGACGGUUGGGGCUCCAUCAAGCUUCUCAAGGAGGCGCGGGAGCACUUCAACUGGGUCUUGCAGCGAGAUUGUUUGGGCACAGAUACCGGUUCCAAUUUGGUCGACCGCGCGGUGACCAUGUCCAAGUCGCUUCUCUCGGAGGCCGAGACCGACCAGCUCGAGACGCGGGUGGAUGCCUCGGACUGCGAGGAGAAGUGGUGGAGUGACGAUCCCGAGACCGAGGCGGACGUCGAUCGGCGGCUGCAGGAACUCUGGCGUCGGCUUUUGGAUGACGACGCGGAAGACAGUUGCAUUUUGGUGACGCACUCCAACCUGAUCAAGGCGCUUCUGAUGAGAUUUGGAGGCGUCGAGCAUUCUCUCUUGGCUCUCAGAGCAGAGGACGUGGCUUGCGACGUGGCGUCGCCGUCCACGGUGGCGUCCGAGGAGGAGGACGGAUAUCACUGCCUCACCUCCGAGGGCGGCGCUUCCUGGCAGGUGGUUGAUUCUGGACCACAGGACCUGCAACGCCUCAAGGUGGAGCGAUUACAGAACUGUGGGGUGCUUGGCCUACGGUGUGUUCUUGAGGCUCCACUGGAGGAUGGUUUGGAGGACUGGCUCGACCUCUCCACACCGGAGAAAAAUGCCUCGCGAUGGGUAGCGAAGGAUGCGCUCUUGAUGUUCGACUCCGUCCUUGUGAAGUAAACUUCUCGCGGAGGCUUUUGGUCUUGGGCUGUGUCUGAACGCGCACCCGUCGACGUCUCACAGCCUGCGAACGAGCACGGCCCUGAGGAGUGCUGGGCUGCAGCGAAGGGCGGGAGGGGA